AUGGCCCUGAAAACGGCUCUUCGUGUACGAACUGCCGCUUUACGAAACGCCCUUGCCGACUUUGGACCUUCAUCAGAGCACUUCCUCAACCAUAGUUCACAACCUGAACCACUGAAGAAGACUCAAUGGGAACAUCCAGUGUGGGUGGAAAUGGCAAAGGAGCUGUCGCAAUUCAAUCGAGUGAAAUUCAUUGCAUACAGAACGGCAAUGAAACUUCGGGCGCUUCAAAAGCGACUUUGCCUCGAUCUUGUCGACAUUCCGAUGCUGGAAAAAGUAAGUUAG